GGACGGGGAAUGUUUGUAAAUAAAUCACUUUAACCCGCCGACUUUCCUAAUAAUAAAUGCGCAGUUAUGCGAGAAAACGACACUCGCUGCUUAUGCACGGCUGUAUACUUACACACGCGACAGAUUGCCGCCGCAUGUGAGAGCGCGAGAAAGAAAAUUCAAUCCUAGACCAUAUACUACCAAUAAUAUGUCGCCGCGUUCGCUUGUGUAAGCGCUGCACGCUUCUCGAGGAAAAAAGAGGCAGAGAGUAUACACAGAUCUCUAUGCGGUGGGGAGAGAAAGAAGAGAAUGGCAGAAGCCAUACAACAACCACUUGUUGCUCGAAAACCUGCAGCUCCGGUCAGUUAGACUCGCUGCCAUUGGUCCAGCUCUCGUAUACUUAGUCGUGCACACGCAGGCAUCAGCAUCCCACACGUACGCUCACACGUUUCCGCUGCAGCAUAGGGGGGCGGUAGAGCCGAGCGUCCACCCCCACUGCUUCCUCUCCCCCUAUAUGCAUCAGUAUAGCGAGUCUGGCGCAGAGAUUUCAAACCGUCGUCGGCCGUUUGAACGCCGAGAUCGGCGUGCGUUCGGCUCCCAAUACUUACUAUACGCUGCUGCGCGUUGCACGCGAAUAGGAUCAAAAGGAGGGGAUUAAAUGUCCGCUGGAUCUCUUUGAUCUGCGGCUCCGCGUUUUUCCUUUUCCCGCGGCUCCGAGGAGGAAUUUCGGGAGGAUGAGCGAAUCUGGGGACAAGUACAAGUGGACUCCGGAGAGCACCACUCUGCUGGUGUCAGUCUGGACCGACAAGCAGGUGCAGAAGCAGCUGGAGCACACGGCCAAGCCACAGUUGAUAUGGGAGAGUGUGGCUAGGUACAUGAACAAGAAAGGCUACAAUGUCACCGGCAAGCAGUGCAGGUCCCGUAUGAAGCAAGUGCUGGUGUGCUACAGGGAAGCCAAAAGAGCUGGUACUCGAGGUGGAGUUGAGCAGUACUAUGAUUCCAUCGACAGAGUGCUCAAAGUCAAGAAGCUGGAGCAGUACAAUAAUAACGGAAUUGAUACUGUUGAUUCAACAACAAACAUAAAAUCACCUCCUAAAGACGUGAAAACCAAUAAAAAUCUCCAAAUGCGCUGCAAGUACCAACAGCCUGCAGAAUCCAUUUACCGGACAGAAGCUUUGUCUCCUGUUUGGAGUGGAGGACGGGAUGAAGAUUAUCCAGACUCGCCUGAGUCAAAUGAAACAGUUUUGGCCCAGCCCUUCAGAGUUCUUUCUCCAGUUAGAGAUGCAGCCACAAAUACAACUCAACACCAGCUUGGCCAGAUAAAUAAAAAAGUUAUGCAUCAAAAUGGAAUCUGCGAAGAAAUUCCUAUUAAAGAGAAUUAUAGGCCACACAUUAACUCCAAUAAUUACUUCAGUGAAAUACCAUUCCAAAAUACUGUGCAAAAUGUGCAGAAUCAAAUAAUUCAAGAGAACAUGCAGCAGAAUCAAGCACUUUUGCAACAGAAUUUGCUUCAGAAUCAGUUAAUGGAGCACAACAGAUUACAAAUGAAUCCAAUUUUACGUCAGAAUAUUCAAAAUGUCAACCAAGGAUUGUACUCAGAUCAGGGAAUCGCGUAUAACCAGGGACAACUAGGAUUCGGACAAAACGUAAUCGCCGAAAAUGUUCUAAGAAUGCAAAAUAAGUGUCAGCUGAACAGCGUAAACAAUCGCGCAAUGCCUCAAGAACCAAGAAAAAACAGCUUUAGACAGAAUUUGGCUGCAACUCAUCGACAGUUUCAAGAAUUUCCUCCAAACUAUAAUUUUAAUCUUAAUCAAUUAGGAUUCUUAUCUCCAAGUAUUUCACCUGACAUUCCGCCAAACUUGAACGAGGCUUUUUGCCAGGCGAAAAAUGAAAAGUCGCAUGGUUUAAACGAAACAUUUAGUCGACCAUCGCCUAAUCAACUUAACGUAGGAGCUGAUGUUACUGGUAUAACAAACAACGCUACGUUUAACGACGAUACUAUAUCAAUAGAAUUUUUGCAAGAUUCUCCGUCACCCGACAACGAGCCAACGAAAUUAAAGGAUUUUGCUGUUAAUACUGAUGAAAUUCCUAAUGCACCUUUUCGGAAAAAGAAAGCUGAAAAAUUAGAGAGGCUUAUGAUGAGCGCGAUAAAUUCGCAAAACGAAGUUGUCAAUAAGAUUUUGGCUGCUCAAAAUGAUAUGGUGACGCGCGUCCUUGACUUGGAUCGAGAUCGCCAAAAUCGCUUGGAAAACCGAUUGGACCACCUUCUCGACGUUGUACAAACAGCUGUACUCAACAAGAGCUCCGAGAGUAAAAACUCGGACGCCCAGUCCGUGCAGACCGAGCCGGUCAUCACAAAUCUUGUACCGCCGCCAAAACCUGGUGUAAUACCACCGAAGUUGGAUCUGGUACCGCCAAAGCCCUGUCGCGUGCCCUGCACCGUAUCAAACGCUAAUAGCCAACCGAUUAAUCAGAAUCCUGUGAUGACGAGACCCGGCGUUGUCUCGCCCAUAAUGAGUCCAUCUGGAAAAGUUGGCGCUAUCUGGCAGAAGCUCGGACCAGUGUCCACAUCGCCGUUUGUGCGGGCUCAGCAACAGCUUGGAUUCAGACCAGUUCAUGCCAUGAGCAACAAUUACACGCGCACUCAAUCCUUGACCGAGAGACGUAUUGCCAAGGAGUUCGAAAGUGGCAUGGAUACAAAGACACUAAUAUUCGAAACGGCUAAUUUCCUGGGUGCGGAGCGUCAACUCCAGGAGGAUGUGGAAAAUGCACGUAUCAAGUCAGCGAUGGAACAGGAUCUGCAAGCGCGACGAGGGCUGUAUACUCAGCGGGAACCAAGCGCUGCGCAAAUACUGUCAGCCGCAUUCCUCGACACCGAAAUCCACUUCACUGAAGUCGUUGAAAAUGCUUGGCUUAACUGGCUCAGAAAAAGGCAAAUGGAAAAUCGCAGAGAGAUGCUCAAUAUACCCAUCAAUCAGUAUAAUCAGUAUAAAUACAAUGAUUACGACACUAACGAUGGGGUAAAGCGCAGCGAUGAAAUUCUACUUGCUGGUCAAGGAGAAAGUUACGACCGAAUGCGUGAAAUAAACGCUCGCGAGCGCCUCAUCGGCAAUCCUUGCGACUCCUCGACACCAGCCAAGGAGCAGCGAAGGAGGAGCGAUGAACUAACACGAGAUACAGAUGAGCCGCGUCAGACGAUUCAGCAGUUGGCCCAGCUGGUUAUGAACAGCGGUCGCUGGAAGAAGAGCAUUGAAAACCAGCGCAAAGAACUCAACUAUUACACUGCUAUGGGGGCUGUGAAACCCACGUGUUCAAGUGGAGAUCAAGUGAUUCUACGAAACGCCGCUAAAGAGGCAACAACGACUGACAACCGUCCACAGUACGGAAAUAGACAAACUCACCCGAUGGUCGAUGGCCAAGCCAAGACCCUCGACUGGCUUCAAGACCGUUUUUCCUACGGUUCACAGGCUACUAAUUCCGGAGUUAAUCGCAACAAUGCUGUGUCACAAGAUAUUGCUAAUCGCUUUGCCACUGGACCUCAGAAACCCCCGAGACCCAUGGGCUUUACUACUGAGUUUUUAAACAGCCAGGAGAGCAACAACAACAACAAUAUUAUACAAAACCAGCGCAGGCCUGACUCGGAUGAACAACCGAAACGCGUUGGUUUUGUCUACGACAACAAUGUUGAUGUCGAUGAUAACAGAAGAAACCGGUUCGCGCAUGAGGAAAAGGAUCCCUUUGAGGAACUUCACCAGUUUUAUAUUCAGAAGCAGUUCAAACUUCAACAGAGCAAGGGACUGCCCUUCAUGCUGCACAACGGUCAGGUAAUUUUGCCAGAGAGUGAUAUGAUCGAUCGCUAUAUGCAAGACACGUAUCCGCGUAAUAAAAACAAUCGGGAAGCGGAGUCAGAUAACGACGAGGAGUUUUUGGACACGACUAUGAGCAUGCCAAGCUCGCGUAAGAACUCCAUCACCUCAAAUGGUACCAAGUCCGUUAAAGCUGAGUCUGGCUGUAUUAUAAGCUAAAGCAGCACUUUAAAAAGUUAUAAUUCUUUUUAUUUUCAUUAUUUUAAUGUAACGUUCAAAUCAAACGACAAUAACUGAUCUCAAAAUUUUAUGAUUGUCCUGACUUUGUGUUAUCAAAAUCAAUUUAAACGUUACGUUCAGAUUUUCCAAUUCUUCACAUGCUUUACUCUACUCGAUUUUUGGCUUCUGUGCAUUGAAUCAAAACACGCAUGAAUUCAUCGAAAUUCAUCGUUUAAACCCCAUUCUACAAAGACUUAUUUUAUGUUAAAGAUCUAAUAUAGUUUAUUUCAAUAAUUUUGAUUAAAGAAAAUUUUAGUUUUAUCCAGAGCUUCCUUAAUUAAUAGUAUUAUGAUGUAUCAUUCGUUUUGUUAUAUCGAUCAUAAUGUGCUUUUGAGCCUUUUAUUAAAAUAACUUCAGCGAUAAUCGUAUUUUGCUUUCGACUUUGACAGUCUUUCAAUUUAUAAGCGCUCAAUAAGCUCUGCACAUGCAUAUCUUUAGUGAUAAGUAUUUUUUCUAUUUUAUGCAUUAGAGUUGCGUAAGUCAAUUAUCUUUACAAAGUGAUGAUCUCCUGUUUAUUAUUUUGUUGUACUCAAGACAAGCGGUUGAUAGGAGAGUGAAAAAACCGUAAGAUGUGCCUUACCUUUUCUUGGCUAUUGCCAACUGUUUGGAUAAAAUAUGUGCCAAUAAAGUAAACUAGUGCUUCCAAUGUACGCGUUAAUUUUGUUUGUAUCGAUCCAUGAUCAAAUAAAUAAAACAUGUGCCCUGCA